CGCGCCUUUGCAGAUGAAAAUUGGCCAUUAACCACGGGAAUGACAGCCAUAUGUUUUGGCGACGUCACGUCAGGCAUUGGCGUUGUAUUAUAGGGCUAGUGCAAGUUUGAAGCCUAUUCUGUGUGUGUGUGUGUGUGUGUGUGUGUGUGUGUGUGCGCGCGCGCGCAAUAGUCUGUGUCUGGCGGGGUUGUUUGCGAAUCUCUUCGAGUGGGAAAAGAGUUGGCAGGUGAUACAGGGAACAGGGCGGCGAAGACGGUGCGGUACGGUAGCGAUGAGCUUUGAUCUGUCCAGUAGCCUCUACGAGUAGUCAAUCUCCUCGUGCUGCAUUUCAGGAGCGCAGAUCGAAGGAACUGCGGAAGACGGAGCCUCGGGACCUGUCGUGGACAUUACAUUACAGGAACUACGUCUUGGCCGCUGUGGAGGAAUGCCAGCCGGAGUCUGUGGGUGCUGUGGGCCUCUAAGGCCUCGCUACAAGCGACUCGUGGACAACAUCUUCCCCGAGGACCCAAAGGAUGGCCUGGUCAAGGCCGAUAUGGAGAAGUUGACGUUCUAUGCGGUGUCUGCCCCGGAGAAGCUGGACCGCAUCGGAGCGUACCUGGCAGAGAGGCUGACACGAGACGUAAUGCGCCACCGCUACGGGUACGUGGUGAUAGCCAUGGAGGCUCUGGAUCAGUUGUUGAUGGCGUGUCACUCCCAGAGCAUCAAGCCGUUCGUGGAGAGUUUCCUGCACAUGGUGGCCAAGCUGCUCGAGUCACGCGAGCCGGACCUGCAGGUGCUGGGCACCAACUCGUUUGUGAAGUUUGCCAACAUUGAGGAGGACACCCCUAGCUACCACCGGCGGUACGACUUCUUUGUGUCGCAGUUCAGCGCCAUGUGCCAUUCCACACAAGAGGACGCCGAGACCCGCACCAGGAUCCGUGUAGCUGGCAUUAAGGGUCUGCAGGGGGUGGUUCGUAAGACGGUGAAUGAUGAACUUCAGGCCAUCAUCUGGGAACCUCAACACAUGGACAAGCUGAUCCCAUCACUACUGUUCAACAUGCAGGACACGGACGACACAGAGAGGGCAUCAGGAGAGGAGAAUCCGGCAUCCCUGGCCGAGAGCUGUUUCCGUGAGCUGUUGGGUCGAGCCGCCUAUGGCAACAUGAACAAUGCUGUGCGCCCGGUGCUGGUGCAUCUGGAUAAUCAUCGGUUGUGGGACCCGAAUGAGUUUGCUGUCUCCUGCUUCCGCAUCAUCAUGUACUCAAUACAGGCGCAGCACUCGCACCAUGUGAUACAGCAGGUGUUGGGGCAUCUGGACACACACAGUAAGAACACCCCUCGUGUCCGGGCCGGUAUCGUCCAAGUGCUCCUGGAAACCGUCGCCAUCGCAGCCAAGGGUUCCGUGGGCCCCACUGUGCUGGAGGUGUUUAACACACUGCUGAAACACCUGCGCGUGUCUGUGGAUGGGGAGCUCGCUGAUGGGAGACGGGGAUCCAGCAGUAGCGUGUCAUCAUCCCGCGCCAGAGACAGAGACAGCGUGUCAUCAUCCCGCGCCAGAGACAGUGAUGAAAGGAUUGUCCAGAAUGCCAUUAUUCAGACUAUAGGCUUCUUUGGGGGAAACCUGCCUGACUACCAGCGUGCUGAGGUCAUGAUGUUCAUCAUGGGGAAAAUACCGGUCUACGGCACACCCUGCCACACACUCGACACCGUCAAGAUCGGACACCAGGGCACUAAAAGGAUCCAAGCCAUGCUGCUCAACUCGCUCAUUAUGGUGACUUCGGGCUUUAAGUGUAAGACCAUGUGCGCUGGUCUACCUGCUCCCUUUCUUGAGCCGCUGUGUUCCGUUUCUCUGAUGGAAGAUUCCGAGCUCCGCCUCCUCGUUCUGGAGAUUCUUCACAACAUCAUCGAUCGCCAUGACAACCGAGCCAAACUCCGCGGCAUACGAAUCAUUCCUAAUGUUGCUGCUUUGAAAAUCAAACGUGAGAAAAUAUCCAAGCAGGAUGUUAUGUUCAUGAAGAAGCAUGGUCAGCAGCUGUACAGGCACAUCUAUCUGGGCUGCAAAGAGGAGGACAACGGCCAGAAGAACUUUGAGCUGCUUUUCACCGCGCUGGCCCUCAUCACCAUAGAGCUGGCUACCGAGGACGUCAUCAUAGACCUCAUACGCCUGUCACUAGCGCUGCAGGACAUGGCUCUGGCCAAUGAGGAGAACUUGCCGAUGUUCGUCCGCUGUGGCGUCAUGGCCCUGGUGGCAGCCUACCUCAACUUCCUCAGCCAGAUGAUCGCCAGCCCAGGCCUGUGCCAGCACGUCAGCAAGGUGAUCGAGUUGAGGAAUCUUGAGGCUCCAUAUCUACUACCUGAGCACGUGUUCCGAGAGAAGUGUCCGCUUCCAACGGCACUGCAGGCUGACGACAGGGCGGUGUUUUUUGGUGUGUGUGACAUGGCGGAGGCGCUGUGUGGAUCAGCCUACAGUGUAGAGCGGCUUCCCAUCCCUUAUGUUCCCCAAGUCACAGAUGAAGAUCGUCUGACUCGUAGGAAGAGCUUUGUGGACACCAUCUCCUUACAACUGGACAUCCUGUCCAACAGCCUACCAGACAAGUCACACCUGGCUGAAGAGAUCACCUUUGAAACUUUGAAGAAAGCAAUAGACACCACAGGUCUUGAGGAGCAGGAGAAGGAGAGGAGGCGACAGGUGAUGGAGAAGUUCCAGAAGGCUCCAUUUGAGGAGAUCGCUGCCCAUUGCGAGUCUAAGAAUAACAUGCUUCACGAUCGCCUUGCACAGAUCUUUGAGCUAACUAUCCGGCCGCCUCCCAGCCCAUCUGGCCCCGCCUCCAUCACAUCUGGCCCCGCCCACUACCAGUCUGUUCCUGUCUAUGAGAUGAAGUUCCCAGAUCUGUGUGUCUACUAGUCUGUGUGUGAGACAGUGAGAGAGAGAGACUAGUGUGUGUGGGAGAGAGACAUUAGAGAUUAGUACGCACUAGUGUGUGUGUGUGUGUGAGGGAGAUUAGAGAUUAGUAC